AUGGAACAUGCUAUCUUAAUUGCACUUCUGGAACAAAUUACCCUAAUAUUGGAAGAAUCUAACAUUUUACUUGAAGUCUAUAUUGAUAAAGAUUUAGAUUCUAAUAAAACAUUGGCUAAUAUUUCUAUCAUCUCAGAAAUUUAUUAUGCAGAUCUCAAACAUGCAACUGAUGCAAGCAAAAAUAUUCAAAAAAAUUUAUUAAAAAAACAAUAUAUACGUUAUUAUAACUUUGAGUAA